AUGUUAUUUACCGUACUCGGAGUUAUUGCUCUCUUCCUGAGAGAAAGAAACAUCAAUUCCACCGUCUCAGGUCAAGAUGAAAGAUUGGACCGUCAAGAAGAAGGAUUGGUCACGGUACCACCCGUGGCCAACAGUGAUGGUCGAGAAAUCGGUGACUGGUGUGAAGAAUCAUCUUUGCAUCUGGAGGAACAGAUCAAUGUUCAGACUGAGGAACCGUCACUGGAGGAACCUGUUGAUGGUCAGAGUGAAGAACAAUCACUGGUAGAGCCUGACAGUGUUCACGGUGAAGAACAAUCACUGGUAGAGCCUGUCAGUGUUCACGGUGAAGAACAAUCACUGGUAGAGCCUGUCAGUGUUCACGGUGAAGAACAAUCACUGGUAGAGCCUGUCAGUGUUCACGGUGAAGAACAAUCACUGGUAGAGCCUGUCAGUGUUCACGGUGAAGAACAAUCACUGGUAGAGCCUGACAGUGUUCACGGUGAAGAACAAUCACUGGUAGAGCCUGACAGUGUUCACGGUGAAGAACAAUCACUGGUAGAGCCUGACAGUGUUCACGGUGAAGAAUCAUCACUGGUAGAGCCUGUCGAUGGUCACAGUGAGGACUCAGCCAGCUCCUCCAGCAGUGAUGAUGUUCCUCCAAACAUUUUCUACGCUGAGUCCAGCAGUAGUGAUGACUUCCCUCAAGAGUUUUCCUCAGCCGGAUUCAACUGUAGUAGUGAGCUCACAGCCAGCUCCUACAGCAGCUUCUUCUCUGCUGAGUCCGGCUGUGGUGAUGACCCCUCUACAGAGUUUCUGUCUGCUGAGUCAGGCUGUGGUGAUGACCCCUCUACAGAGUUUCUGUCUGCUGAGUCCGGCUGUGGUGAUGACCCCUCUUCAGAUUUUCUGUCUGCUGAGUCCGGCUGUGGUGAUGACCCCCCCAAUGUGGUCCCUGCUAAGCCCGGCUGUAGUCCUUUCAACUCUCCAAAUGUGGUCCCUGCUAAGCCCGGCUGUAGUCCUUUCAACUCUCCAAAUGUGGUCCCUGCUAAGCCUGGCUGUAGUCAUUUCAACUCUCCAAAAGUAGUCCCUGCUAAGCCUGGCUGUAAGAAUGUCGCUAAAGGUGCAACCUGUCAGACAAAGGGCGCUGUUCCACCUCAGCCAAAAAAGCAGAAGGAUAAAGACCCACACAUCAUUGAGAUCAAAUCAAAGUGCUAUAAAAUUGGCGAUAAGCUGGGCAAAGGAGGCUUUGGAACCGUGUUCGCAGGGACCCGUUUACAAGAUGGCCUUCAGGUGGCAGUAAAAAUUGCCAAGUUCAAGGUUAAGCGAUACAUCCGUGUUGAGGGGUUUGACAAGCCACUUCCAGCAGAGAUCGCGCUGCACUUUCUGGCCAAUAAAGGCCUUAAGGUUAAAGAAAUUGUUAAGCUUCUGGACUGGAAGGUGGAGGCUGAUCGCUACAUUAUGAUCCUAGAGCGGCCCAUAGCCUUUGUGAGCUUGGGUGAAUUUUUAAAAAACCACAGUGGCAAGAUCGCAGAGGACUUGGUCCGGAAAAUCAUGUUCCAGGCAACAACUGCAGCUCACGCGUGCUGCAAACGUAAAGUGUUUCACCGCGAUAUCAAGCCUGACAACCUGCUGAUUAACCCAGAGACCUUUGAAAUCAAAUUGAUUGACUUCGGGUGUGGUGAACUCCUAACUGAGGGCUUUUACUGCGACUAUUGGGGCACAAUAAAGUACUGCCCUCCAGAGUUUAAAAAGACUGGCUUGUACUACGGUGAGCCAGCGACAGUGUGGUCACUCGGGAUUCUCCAGUAUUUGCUAAUGUUCCAAAAACUUCCGGAACACCGUGACCUCCUCAAGUUGAAAAACAAUUAUUUUCAGCAAUAUGGAUGGUCAAAAGAAUGCAGCGAUUUCAUCACCGGUUGUCUGCAGACUACCUACAGCUAUCGGCAUAAGCUGCAUGCACUCCGUGUCCAUGCUUGGUUUAAGGAGGAGAACAAGCAGUAA